UCUCCUCAAGGCAAUCGCGCUUUGGUACUGUACUCUCCCUGACGGGUCCCGCAAUGGCGGCCUUUGCGAUUCUGUUCUCAAUGUAUUUGUGGUCGCUCGUGGUGUCCCAGGACAACGAAGCCUGCGUAGGAGAGACGUGUGGUUUCAACGGCAACGGUGGGUCCCAGGAUGUGGCCUCCAUGGUCCAACUCAAUGCUGGCCAGGUCAAUGGCUGGGUUUUGGCAGAUGCAGGCAAAAGCUGCAAUGACAAGUGCCAAAACGGUUGCAAUCUACCACUGAUGAAAACUCUUACCACUCAAAUUCUGCAAUUUCUGGCUGCAUGGAACGGAGGUGUUAUAGCGGGUGGAGGCAGUGGCUGCAAUAGCGAGUCUUCACAGGCAGAUGCAGGCUUGCCUGCGCUCAACAUUCAAAGUGCUACUUUUGGUAUUGACAUAGAGUGCUUGAUGACCUCAAAUCCGGAGCUCAUGACGUGCACUGCACUUCCUCCUUCUGGCCAACGGGUUUGCGCCUGUCUCGCGACUCCCCCAAAUGAUGGAACGACUCCUCCAAAUGAUGGAACUGUUGGGGGUGAUCCCCACGUCCACAGCUUGCGGGGAGCCCAUUACACCCUGCUGCAGGAAGGCGUUUUUGUCGCCUGGAAUUUCUCCAAGGCUGUGCCGGCGUCAGGUGCAGCUCGUCCUGCAGCUCGUGGGUGGCAGCUCCUGGCGGCCUAUGCGGGCAAGCGCUUCGUUACCCAAGGCCUGCUGCUCUUGGAUCCCCACUCCGGGCAGUCCAUGGAGAUCACCGCAGAAGACUGCUCUUGGCGCGUGAAGGAGAAAUCCCAAUGGCGCAAGGCGCAGGCGGAGCUGCUAUCAGCAGAAGACGGGACCACCAGCCUCCAAGUGAAGAAGCUACACGAGAAACUCGGUGAAACCAAGAUGCUGAGGUCUGCAAUCCUGUUGCAGAUGGAGUCCGGUUCCCACAUGAAAAAGAUCGCGAAGCUUGUGGUCCAUUGCAGGCCACAGAAUCACCUGGACUUCAAGAUGACGAUGUUCCAGAAGAGCGACAUGGACCAUGUGGGUGGCGAACUUGGAGUCGCUCCGGAUGCAAACCACAGCUACCACUUCUUGUUCAGCAAGCAAGGAAUGAUGCAGAUGAGGGCAGACCAAGAGUUCAAGGCUCCUGGAUCGUGGGCCACUUUGGGUGGCAGUGAAGCUGGAGCCGCAUACUUGGAGAAGGAACACCAAACAGCACUGGCGCAGUUGGGGGUGCAGUUGGGCUGCAGUGAUACUCAGCAGGAAGAUGCCAGAGCGAUUUGUUCCAAGCAUCUCCAGGAAACGACUCACCCAGACAUGUACGCGGAUUGUGUGUUUGACAUCUGCCAUGGAGCUGAUGAAUCUUUCGCCCAAAGUGCGGCAGCAUUGCUGGAGCUUGAGGAAUCCAGCGCCUGAGACUAUAUCCUGUACAAACAGUUUAAGCUGACGCAAA